GUAUGGUUCCAGAACCGAAGAGCCAAAUGGAGGAAAACAGAGAGAGGCACCUCCGACCAGGAAGGCUCCAAGGAAGCAAUGGCCGAGGUGGCUCCUCCUGUGAGGAAUUUAAAUUCCCCUUCUCCAGCAGAUCAAACCAGGAAUAAAAAAGAGAAUCUGGAGAUCCAGCAGAGCCUGAGUCGAGCGGUUGGUCCUACCGGACCCUUCUUCCCCUCCUGCCUGCCGGGGACUCUUCUCAACACAGCCACCUACGCACAAGCUUUGUCCCACGUCGCCUCGCUAAAAG